AUGGGAAGUCGUAAUACCGUUAGUGUGGUACAAUUACUAGUUAGUUGUGGACUUUUGGUUUUAGUCUCGACUAUACCAACAACUACUCAGGUUGUAAACAAAGUUCAUGUGGAGGACUUGGAACUAGUGGACGAUACACCCACCUCCCGCAUUGUUGGCGGUCAAUAUGCAGCCGAUGGACAAUUUCCACAUCAAAUAGCAUUAUAUGUACGCGGCGGUUUUGCUUGCGGUGGUUCGAUCAUUAGUGAAAGUUAUGUUGUGACGGCGGCGCAUUGUGUAACCAGUCGACCUGGCAGCAAAUAUCCAGCUUCCUACCUAAUAGUAUACGCAGGUUCUUCCCAGCUCUACACAGGCGGUGUAUACAGCAGCGUCGCCGAGACCAAAGUUCACCCACAAUAUGAUGAUUUCGUAUAUGAUAUUGCGCUCUUGCGUUUAAGUACAAAACUCUCCUUCAAUAAUCAAAUUCAGGCAAUACCGUUGGCCACCGCUGAGCCGCCCAACCGUUCCCCUGUCACCAUUUCCGGUUUUGGCCGUGUGCGCACUGGCAGUGAAUUGCCGUCACGUCUUAAAUACAACACUUUGCGCAGCCUCAGUAAUGCCAAUUGUAAACGUUUCCUUAGAGAUGUAGACACAACAACGCUCUGCCUAUCGCACACUGCAGGUAAUGGUGCUUGCAAUGGUGACUCUGGUGGUCCUAUCUACAAUGGUCAGUUGGUUGGUGUGAGCAACUUUGUUGUUAAUGGUUGUGGCUCUACUUAUCCCGAUGGUUAGCGAAGGUUUCCUAUUCACAAUUGGUUGCGCCAAAACUCUGAUUGCCGUGCGUUAAAAGUCAAAAGCGAGAGAAAUGGAAGUCGUAAUACCGUUAGUGUGGUAACACAGUUACUAAGUUAUUUGUGGACUUUGGUUUUAGUCUCGACUAUACCAACAACUACGCAGGUUGUAAACAAAUUUCAUGUGAAGGACUUGGAACCAGUGCAAGAUAAACCCAGCUCACGCAUUGUGGGCGGUCAAUAUGCAGCCGAUGGACAAUUUCCACAUCAAAUAGCAUUAUAUAUACGCGGCGGUUUUGCUUGCGGUGGUUCGAUCAUUAGUGAAAGUUAUGUUGUGACGGCAGCACAUUGUGUAACCAGUCGACCUGGCAGCAAAUUUCCAGCUUCCGACUUCACGGUACGCGCAGGUUCUACUCAGCUCUACACAGGCGGUGUAUACAAGAGCGUCGCCGAGACCAUAGUUCACCCACAAUAUGAUGAUUUCGUAUAUGAUAUUGCGCUCUUGCGUUUAAGUACGAAACUCUCCUUCAAUAAUCAAAUUCAGGCAAUACCGUUGGCUACCGCUGAGCCGCCCAACCGUUCCCCUGUCACCAUUUCCGGUUUUGGCCUCGUGAGUGCGAAUGGUGAAUUGUCGUCACGUCUUAAAUACAACAUUUUGCGCAGCCUCAGUAAUGCCAAUUGUAAACGUUUCAUUGAUGAUGUCGACCCGACAACGCUCUGCCUAUCGCACACUGUAGGUAAUGGUGCCUGCGAAGGUGACUCUGGUGGUCCAGCUAUCUACAAAGGUCGGUUGGUCGGUUUGAGCAGCUAUGGUGUUGGUGAUUGUGCCUCCAUUCCCGAUGCUUAUACGAAGGUUUCCUUAUUCCGCAAUUGGGUGCGCCAAAACUCUGAUUGCCGUGAGUCAAACGAAUCUAAAGCGAACUGACUAACCAUUGUGAAAUGUGUAAAUCAAAAUAAAAACUUAUUAUGAGCAACAAUUAUUGUAACUAAUAA